AUGGACAUUAAUGAUCCCGACUUCAAUCUCAUGACAAGAACAUCAACAGAGGCAGCAACAUCAACAGCAGCAUGGUUUAAUUCAACGUAUUCUUACCAUUCAGAUCACGAUGGUAGCAAUUACUGGCCAAUGGAGCGCGAUGAAUUUACACAAGCUGCCAGCGUUGAUGAAGAAGAAAGAUAUGUUCAUCCCGGCGAAAGUAGAGACCUGUGGGAUAUUAUUAAAAGCUCGCUCAAUUUUCAAGAAUUAAAUCAAGUUUUAGAAAGUUUAGAUUUACUUAUGGAAGAAGCCAGUCCAAAUCUUCGCGCUGAAAUGAUGGAACAAAUACCUCAAGUUGCCAAUUAUUUAGUUCAAGACUGUCAGAUGCCAACGGCAAUGUCUGAUUACUUAUUACCUAUUGUAUUAAAGAGUUUAAUGGAUCCUUACAUAGAAGUUAGAAAAAUAAGUCAGGCGACCUUGAUCGUCAUGUUGAUGAAAAAUCUAAUUAGUCAAGAGGAUAUUGAAGACCAAAUAUGCCAAGUUUUAUUUGAAAUGAGUCAUCCUGAUUGCAGUGAUGAAAAUCGUUGUGAAUCUGUCUGUAUUAUGGCUAGGAUGGCCCAACAAAUUGAGGAGGAAAUUGCUCAGCGUUCAAUUUUGCCUCGAUUUGAACAAUUAUGUAAAGAUGAGUUCUCACAAAUGCGCAAAGCUUGCGCUGAAAAUAUCGGUGAUAUCUGCAAUGCCAUUGGUAGUAGUAAAACGGAAGAAAUUCUCCUACCAAUUUUUAUCAAAUUAAGCCGUGAUGAAAUAUGGGGAGUGCGAAAGGCUUGUGCUGACAAUAUUAUGGCUGUUUCUUUCGCUGUCUCACUCCAUCUCCGGCAUAGCGUUCUAGCUGCUAUUGCAAUCGAUUUAUUGCAAGAUAAAUCGAAAUGGGUACGCAUGGGAGCCUAUAAAUCUCUUGGCCAAUUUAUCUUUUCAUUUGUUGAUUCCGAAGAUAAUACUAUUACCAAUAAUAAUAGCGAUACUACUGAUUUAGCUAGAAAAAUUUUACCUGACUUAGAUCUACAAAAUCAUCAAUUCAUUGGAGGAAUAGCUACGAUUGAUCCAAUCGAUACUGGUAGCAUUACUGGUGCUUUAGCUGGACAAUUGCCAUUCCCAUGGCAAGAUGGAAAUAAUCAAUUUACUACUCGAACUUUAGGAAAUUUUACGCAUAAAUCAGUGGACGAUAUUGUCAAUCAAUUAGCUUCCAUGACAGUUGAUAAUAAUGGCGAUAUAAAUAAUUUACCAUAUCCAGUCAAAAAGAACCGAUCUCGAGCCUCCUCUUUAAAUAGCAGUAUCUCAGCAAGUCCAAUCUUGUUCUCUACUAAAUCGGUCAAUAAUGGCGACCAGGCUAUCGAACAAGAUCUUAUACCGCAAACUUUAUUGGAUAAUUAUUUAGCUAUGGUCAAUCCGGAAGUAAUAGAAAAAGUCGAUGUACAGCUGCCCUAUUUUUGCGCUUAUAACUUACCAGCAGUAACACUAGCUUUAGGUAGAAGAUAUUGGCACUAUUUAAAACGUGUCUACGCUUCCUUGGCAAUUAAUCCACAGGUGAAAGUUCGGCGUACUUUAGCUCAUUCCUUUAUCGAUAUGGCAUUAAUACUUGGAAUGGAUAUUACUACAAAAGAUUUAGUGCCCGUAUUCCAUGAAUUUAUGCAAGACAGUAAAGAAGAGGUUCGAAUGGGCAUUUUAAAACAUCUGCAUCAAUUUAUUCAACUACUGCCUUACCAAAUUCAAAUUCAAUAUCUUCCAUUAUUGAAAGAGUUUAUCCCUUCUUAUUCCAGCUCUAACUGGAGGAUGAGAUUUGAUUAUAUCCAGCAACUUAUUUUACUAUCAGAAAUCUAUCCUCCUGCAGAAUUGUACACCUUUUUUUGCCCUGUAGCUUUAAAUUUAGCUGCUGAUUCGGUAGCAAGUGUUCGCAAGAAAGCAAAUGUAUUGAUUUGCGAUUUGAUGAAGCGAUUUCGAGAAUUUUCAGAUCUUACACUAUGGGAUAGUUUUUGCCAGGAGAUUGUUACUAUAUUUUCAAAUCAUCCACACUGGUUACGACGCCAAGAGUAUACCCACUUAUGUCAAAGUUUACUUGAAAAUCAAAGUGAAACUCCUGAAGAUUUUGCAGUUCGUUUUCUGCCCAGCCUACUUGAAUUGGCCACUGAUAAAGUACCCAAUGUGCGGCUUGGAGUUGCAAGAACAUUAAGCCAAACAAUAUCCAAGAUUGGUAAAGCUUUCUUUCAUGAUAUUACUCUUUGCUUAUUGCAUAAUUUUAAUCCUAUAGUCUAG